UCAGUGUUGUCACCAUGUGUCUGGCGUUCUGAAAAAAAAACUCAUGCCAAUUUCAAUUAAAUUUUAUGUCAACAAUCAGUUAAAGUCCCAGUGUCUAUCAGUGUCAGCGUGAACAAGUGACAGAACAUGUUGGUAAAUUUCUGUCAAGAGUUUCUGAAGACAACUGUCACAUGCGACACGAUCACCACCGAGGGAUACGAGGUCGACAAUCUCUUGAAGAGCACCACCAAGGGGUUCCUGGCCUACUCCUGCAUAAGGCCCCCAGUAAACAUCGACUUCAUCUUCAAUUGUUGGGUUAGAAUCCAUCACAUCGUGGUUUGGCCGCGGAUUGGAGCGCAGAAGUCCUCGGGGUUUCGGAUCUCCGUCAGGAGUCAUCGUCAGGAGGACUUCAGGAUCGUCUCCAGCUGUUUUCUGAAGGCAACCGAGGCCGGGGCAGUAUUCCGUAGGCCUGGAGAUGCCAAGGAAAUUGCUGGACCGAUGGGUUUCUCAAGUGCCUUCAUCGGAGGGGGUCAGGUGGCUCUGGAGAAGGUCAAGGGCCUGAGGCUGUCGAUCGUCAAAACUGAGAAGUCUGUGCCUGCGAUUGAGAGAGUAGAGAUCUGGGGGCUUGUCUCAGGGUGCAACAGCCAGGAUGUUGCGAGGGAGAUGGGGGAGCUGAUCGUGAGGCCUUUGGGGAACAGACUGAGGCCUUUGGAGCAAGAGAUUUCCGAGGAGAGCACUGGGGACGACUUUGAGGAGACAACUGACGCAGACCAACAAACCUCGACGGAGCCAAUGAACUCCCCAGACAUUCCCGAAUUGUUCUUGGACCCAAUUACCUGCAGUAUAAUGCAGCAGCCAGUGGUCUUGCCCUCCGGAAAAGUAAUCGACCAAAGCACUUUGGAAAAAUACGCCGAGAGUCAGGCUCUGUGGGGAAGACCACUGGGCGAUCCAUUCACCGGUGUUCCAUUCACUGAAGCUCAGCGCCCUGUUUUCGCAUCGACUUUGAAAGCCAGAAUCGAUAAAUUUCUAUCGGAGAACAGUAAUUUAGUAGAAAUCAAAUCCAUGCCGAGAGUGUUAGGAAGCAAUUGUACUGGAAAAAUCAAGAACAACGUCGUCGAUUUGAGGAAAAUAUCUGCCAGAACUAGUGCAAUUCCGCAAACGUGUGUAUCACGUUAUUCUAGUUAUACUAGGCGAGAUAAACUGCCAAUUACUUCGAUAAAAAAAUAUUUUGAUAGCUGUAAAAUUCCAAUUGUUGCUCGGUGUUCGCAAAAUUCAUCACGAAAUAAUUCUCAAAAAGAUUUAGUUAAGAGCGAGAAAAUUGGGAUCGAUCAAAGCCCGUCAGGGAAUUGUUCUAGGAUCGACGACAAUUUAGAAAGUGAUUUAAAACUCGUCAUGUCGAACUUGAGGCGUUUUAAUGAGGAUGAAAAAUCCUUGGAGCCUGCAGAAAAAACAAUGAACAUCUGUUCUUGCUGCGAAUCGUGUAAUUACUACUACAAAUUUCCCUGCAGUCAUUUGAUUUGUCGAAAAAAAUUAGUCUCAACGAGCACAGAAGACUUGAAAUGCAAGGACUGUGGGGUUCACUAUAGCUCUAGUAAAAUUGAAAGAAUCAACACGUAAACCUCCGAAAUGUAUAAAAAUCGAAGGUGUUUUUACUUAUAUAUUUAGACAAUAGAAAUUACUCAAAAGGAACUCAAACAAAUUAAAACGAUGAAAAUAAAAUUUUUAGAUUGCAAAAUCUGUUUUUUCUACUACAAAUUCCCCUACAAUAAUUUAAUCCAUUAAAAAAAAUCAAAAUGCAAGACUUGUGGCAUUUACUACAGCUCUAGUAAAAUUGAAAGAAUCAACACGUAAUCCUCCGAAAUGUAUAAAAAUCGAAGGUGUUUUUCCUUAUAUAUUUAGACAAUAGAAAUUACUCAAAAGGAACGCAAAUCCCUGAUUAAAACGAUGAAAAUAAAAUUUUUAGAUUGCAAAAUCUAUUUUUCCUACUACAAAUUCCCCUGCAAUAAUUUAAUCCAUUAAA